AUGGUUUCUGCAGUUGUUUUUGGUAGCACAGGUGCAGUAGGACGCAACGUGAGAGCGUCUCUACUAAAAUCUAGUGAAAUUACUCAAGUCACUGAAAUUGGUAGAUCUCUUCUCGAUAAACCAGAAAGUGGCGCCGAGAAAUUAACUCAAGUAAAGCUCGAUGAGAAGACAGAAAUAAAGCCAGACUUUGAUUUGGUAUUCAUUGCAUUGGGUACUACACGCAAGAACGCAGGCUCAGCUGAGAACUUCGAGAAGAUCGAUAGGCAUCUCGUAGUAGAUCUCGCUAAGAAGGUCGCAAGAGAAGAUGCACAUGUUAUCUACUGCUCAGCUGCAGGCGCAAAUGCCAACUCAAGCUUUCUCUACCCUCGUAGUAAGGGGCUCACCGAGAUUGAGCUCAGCAAACUCGGCUACAAAUCUACGACAGUCAUGAGACCAGGAUUCCUCGCAGGUGCUGGUAGGAAGGAGAGCAGACCAACUGAGAUGAUCUUUGGCUACCUCACAGGAUUUCUUGGUAAAUUCAACAACAGCGUCGAGAUCCCUGUUACCAAGUUAGGUGAGAGUAUGGUCAUUGCCGGCUUGAAGCAGUUCAAGGGUGAAAGCAUUGGCGAGCAAGCAAACAACAUCAGCUUCAUCUCUAACAAACUCGCACUCGAACUUUCUUAAUCUUGCACUAAUACUUUAACCAAUGUCAAGUUUCUUUAACGUCUUUUGAGAUUGCAGCACAGACGUUGCAAGAUCGUUACUCUAUUAAUUACGUCAUAAUACAAUGUACAUAAAACAUGAAUCUACCUGCUUUUAUUAUGUAAAUUCAGAUUGAAGCUGAACUUAACGAGUCGCAGUAUAAUAACUAUAGUCCACUUGUACUCUGAAUAAACUCCAUGAACGCCUAGCGAUGGAAACUAUCGAGGGAUACAUGAUUGAGAAGAGCAAGAUGCAAUUACACCAUAGUCUUACUUUCCUAUGCCCUAUCGUUGUAAAUAGUAGCUUAAUACACACUUAGGCAAUGUAGUUUAAGCAUUAUUUGUGAAAUGCUAAUGAAUGUCUAACACUAAUUGCCCCUUCAUUAGAGUAUAAUUACGUAGGGCGUCAGGAAGGUAUGAGUCAUAAGUAAGUAUUUGAUAUGUUUGUGGCUGAAUGUCGCAUUUUCACCCUGUUGAACAGAUGUUCUGACAGUUAUGAUGUAUUAUUGUAUGUAGCAACAUGAUAUUGAGAUUAUGAGGAGGAUUGUGUAGACCCAUUACAGGCCACACAGACAUUAUACAAUAACCCGUAAUCUAGUUUCUUGUAUAUUUAUAGUCUCGCGAAAAAGUUCCUAAUCAAUGAAUGGAUGAAUGAAUGAAACUAGUAGGCCCGUUGUGGGGAAAUAUUUGAAUAAAAGUAAAUGUCGUUAGUAAGUUAAUUCGACAUAUUCAUUUCUCAGACUUUGCAUAUAUAUUCGCUGAUUCGGUUAACUCUUACUAUCCACGUAGUAAUAAACACGCUAACUCAAAUAUACUAUGUUACAAACGAGUCAUAAGCGUAGAUGUUGCUUAAUUAACGUAUUGAUUUUAGAAAAUCAUAAAAGGAACGAAUUUGUAUAAUCGUAUACGUGUGUUGAUAUCUUUGUCCACAUCAAGCGCUCACAUCUGUGUUUUAUACGUUAUCAAUUUCAAGACAGAAAGAACUUGUAUACAAUUUCAAUUGUCUUUUCAGGCUACUUUACUAUUAAUAUAAAAAUAUACAUUGC